CUCCUUACGUCAUCACGUCGCUUCGCAGUCUGACGCACUGAGCGGAAAAAAAAUAAAAAUCCACCUGCUUGGACUUCAGGAGCCAAACAAACGCUCUGAGUACUCUGUCCAGUGGUUUUAAAGGGUUUCCUGUCAUUCUCAGCCGCCUCACAGGACGAAUAAUUUUGGUUAAUUUUUUUUUUUUUUUUUUUUUUUAUUUGUUCGGUGUUUGAGAAUCAUCCUGGAGGGUCAGAGGAGAAGUAACGGGACGAAGAGCACGGAUUUACCGACUGUUUCCUCCUGUACCGACACCGGGCAGUUAUGGGAGCUGUUCUGGGCGCGUUUUCCGUCGCAAGCUGGAUACCCUGCCUGUGCAGCAGCGCCACCUGUCUGAUGUGCAGCUGCUGUCCAAGCAGCAGGAACUCCACAGUGACCAGGAUCAUCUACGCCUUCAUCCUGCUGCUGGGAACCAUCGUCGCCUGCAUCAUGCUGUCGCCUGGUGUAGACCAGCAGCUCAAAAGGAUCCCAGGCUUCUGUGAGGACGGUGCCGGCUCUUCUAUCCCCGGCCUGCAGGCAGACGUCAACUGUGAGAUGUUUGUGGGCUACAAAGCAGUUUACCGCAUCUGCUUCGGCAUGUGCAUGUGGUUCCUGUUGUUUGCCAUUCUCAUGAUCAACAUCAAGAACAGCAGAGACCCACGAGCUGCCAUCCAUAACGGGUUUUGGUUUUUCAAGUUUGCUGCCUUGGUGGCAAUUACAGUCGGUGCCUUUUACAUUCCAGACAGGCCUUUCACCUACACGUGGUUUGUCGUAGGCUCUGGUGGAGCGUUCUGUUUCAUUCUGAUCCAGCUGGUGUUACUGGUGGACUUUGCCCACUCCUGGAACGAGUCCUGGGUGGACAAGAUGGAGAAGGGCAACUCCAGAGGCUGGUAUGCAGCCUUGCUGGCCAUCACGAUCCUCAACUACAUCCUGUCAUUCAUCGCUGUGGUUCUGUUCUUCAUCUUCUACACCAAACCUGAUGACUGCUUCAUCAACAAGUUCUUCAUCAGCGUCAACAUGUUGUCCUGCAUCGUGGCCUCGGUCGUCUCUGUGCUGCCAAAAGUCCAGGAGUCUCAGCCUCGUUCGGGUCUACUUCAGUCCUCCAUCAUCACACUGUACACCAUGUUUCUGACCUGGUCUGCCAUGACUAAUGAGCCUGACCGAGCAUGCAACCCCGGCCUGCUGAGCAUCUUCCAGCAGAUCGCAGCUCCAACGCUGGCUCCUCUGGAGGUGGAGAACCAGACCGCUGUGGUGAUCAUUGGCACAGAAGAACCCAACCUGACAUCUCCGUACCUGCAGUGGUGGGACGCACAGAGCAUCGUGGGGCUUGUUAUAUUCGUCCUGUGCAUCCUUUACUCCAGCAUUCGUUCGUCCAGCACCAGCCAGGUGAACAAGCUGACCAUGGCCUCCAAAGACUCGACCAUCCUGGCUGAGGGCGGCAGCAGCCCUGACCUAUCAGAGGAGUCGACGGGGCCGAGGCGAGUGGAGGACAACGAGCGGGACAUGGUCCAGUACAGCUACUCUUUUUUCCACUUCAUGCUCCUUUUGGCGUCUCUCUACAUCAUGAUGACUCUCACCAACUGGUACAGCCCUGAAGCAGACUACACCAUCACCAGCAAGUGGCCGGCGGUGUGGGUGAAGAUCACCUCCAGCUGGGUGUGUUUGGCCCUUUACGUCUGGACCCUGGUGGCCCCAAUGAUCCUCACCAACCGAGACUUCAGCUGAUCAGCGACACUUUGCCGCUCCGCUGGGUCCUCUGCAUUUUUUUUAAAUAUAAAUAUAUA